CGGCAACACCACUUGGACAAACCACCUUAGAGAGUGCCUAUCUGUAACUAGAACGACACAGAAUGGCGGCAUCUACGACGCCAGCGGCCCCAGAACAAACUGUUCGAACUUCGUUUUCAGGAGAUGACGGUCCUCCUUUUAUAGAGGGCUUCAACCCGUUCCAGCACUCCGCGAAUGAGAGCUUCAAAGAGAAAUGUAUGAGAAAAGCCAAGGAGAAUCCGUUCGUCCCGAUAGGUUGUUUGGCAACAGCCGGAGUAUUGAUGUAUGGCCUCCGUGCCUUCCAGCAAGGGAAUACCAAGGGCUCCCAGCUGUUGAUGAGGGGACGUAUUGCUGCUCAAGGCUUCACUGUAGUCGCCCUCGUUGUUGGUGUCUUAGCCACAGCUGUGAAAUCCAAGGCAUGAAAAACACCCCUGCCAGCUUUAAAUUGGACCGAUUAUAUUGGUUUAAUAACAUUGUCCACAUCAGUGUACUACCCAUAACAGUCAAUAUUCUCCUUCAGCCAAAGGAAAGCCAAGUACAUUAGGCUCCUAGCCAGAACAAGGAAGCUAGGUGGACUCAACUGUUAUUGUCAUCAUAGUACAUGUGGACAGAUAUUUAUUUAUUUCUUGCUGUCUCUGCUCUGUCACUGAAAUAAUGUAUACAUACACACGACCUGAAUAUUUGUCCUGAUAUGAACAUGGUGCCUUGUGUUAUCUGACAUAAAACAUCACACUUACAACAGUA